CACGCUACGCAGUAUUUAUUUUUUGAUUGAUGCAAUCGUUGUGAACCGCCAGGUGUUCCGUGUUUACGAGAAUAUAAACAAAAUGGUUUGGUUACAACAAAAGCCGACUUUAAGCUAAAGUUAAGUGGUAUUUGAUGUGUAAUUAUAGAUAUUAGUGAUAGCUUGCCGUAAUCAUGGACGCUCCUCCCUCGCCAUGGAAAAGGCCGAACGAAGUUAUGCAGUUACACAAGCUGAAAAGACGUAAAAAAGCGUUACAGGCACGCAUGAAACAGCCAUCACAACCAGCUACAACUGCAGAGCCUAAUAGUGGAACUGAUGAUUUAGAUUUCUCAAGAUUAUUGGAUGGAGAGAAAAGAAAGAAUCCAUUUUCUAAAACCAAACUACAAGAUAACAAGAAGCCUAAGCUAGACUUAGAAGAUCAGCUAGAUGAGUCUAAUGAUAAGACACUGUAUGCUUUGCUAAACCUACCUUCAAAACAUGUGGAGAAACCAGCACAGGCGGUUGAUACGGAAAAACUGUCAACAUUCUCCAAUCUCUUACAGAAGUUCACUGCUGAACAUUCUGUGGAAGUUAUACCUGAGAAAAAGUACAAAUAUUUACCCAUUGACUGGGCUUUAAAAACUAAGUUAAGACUGAUGUCACCAAAACCUUUUGCAUGGACUUCUAAACUGAAGGCAAGUGAAGAAGCCUCAGGUAUUACUGGUUUCGUGCGAUGCCUCGACACGGCUACCUCACCCACACUAGACACAUCCCCUCGGGCACUCUUCCACCAGACCUGUCUCUACUGGCAACAUCCUCACUUACCGUGGCUGGAGUUAUAUCCGCGGUCGUCAGGCAGGGUCGCGGCCACCAGCUUCAUGGCGACUAACGAAGAUGUGAAGGAGGCCUUACAUAGAGAAUGGACGGAAAGCUUUAGAUCUUUGUUUCAAUUGUUACGCGCACGUCACUGCCCGUACUUCUACGUGUGCGCGAACACGUUCACAUGCCUGUUCCGCGCGGCCGGGCUGUGCGGCCUCACCGAGCCCGUCGCGCUCAUCGCGCCCACCACGCGCGGCUUCCGACAGACGUUGCGGCAGGAAGACGUAGAAUACACUAUGCCACUAAGGCCAGAUAGCAAGAAGAAGCUAAACACGUCUGAUGAAGACAAACCAAAGAACGCGUCGUUCGACAGCUGCUACGACACGAUGGACGACAAGUGCACCGGUGACGGUCAAGACAAGGCAGAAGAAGAUGAUGAGGAUCCCGACCAGUUCCUAACAGAGAUGGGCUUCGAGACUGAAGUUAUUAAGAAGAUUAAUAUAACGCAGGCCCGCAUAACGCACAACGCGGAGAGCAGCGUGGACAGCGCGGCGGAGUCCCUGGUGCUAGUGCGCGGCGCGGACGCGCAGGCGCUGUUCAACUUCCUGCUGAACUGCAAGUCCAUCGUGAGCCCCACCGGGCCCUUCGCCGGAGUGCCGCCCACGCUGCUCGCGCCCACCGCCUUCCACGGCGGGACGCUGCAGUCGCUAAAAGUACGCGAAAACACAAUACAUUCCGAUAGCAAUAAGUACUACUCGAUAGAGCUCCGAGGCCCCAUCUUGCCGACGACGGUGCACACGCUGUUCAAUGUGUUGAAAAAGAGUUCAUCAGCUCAGUUCAGCGCUACGUUUGCUCAUCACCAGCCCACGCUGGCUUUUUCGUGGGCUGCCAGUAAUAUUGCUGAAGAUGAAUCAUCGAAAGAAAACGAUCCAAACCUCGUGGCCAAAGCAUUCAACAAGGAGAACUUAUCAGACUGUGGUAUCAGCGAGGAGAUGUUACAGCACUUCUGUUCUCCAGACCCCAGCAUGAUAAAACCCCUGGAUAGCGUAAAGUACAACACGGAGGACAACACGUACACAUGGUGAUAUUAUUGUGGAGUUUAUGUUAUGAAUUGACAAUCAUAUUGUGAUCAUGAAUUAAAUGCUAUUUUUGUACA